AUGUGCUGUGGCAACGAAGCGUCGGCUGAAGCGGGCACUCACACUUCGCAAAGCGUCUCCGAGACCCUCGUCGCUGGCCCUCUUCCCGAUGGUUACUGGGUGCAGGCGUUCCCCUUCUCUACGACGACAAACUCCGACAGGCCCGACAUCAUCGCCUAUGGCCUCGGCUUCAAGGACGCGCCAUCCACGGUUCGGCUGUUCACGAACCCUUUGAAUGACUCGAGACCCUCUGGAUGGAAGGUCUCCGAAAUCGCCUCUCUCGACUUCCCCGUGGGCAUGACAUUUGCUGACUUGACUGGAGACGGAUUUAACGACGUAAUCAUCUGCGAUCGCUAUGGGCCAAGUAUGGACGACUUAUGGAGUGCAGAUACUCAGAAUGGCGGCCGCGUCCAGUGGCUUAGAAAUCCGGGCAAGCGCGCCGGACAGCCAUUUUGGCAAGCCAACAAGAUAGGAAACUCUACGGGCAUGCACAGACUUCAAGCUGGACACUUCACUACGACGGACGUGGUUCAGGUGAUGGGUCUGCCCAUCAUCUCCCAGACCCUCAAGCAGGACCCCGCUCACCAAGUGCCCGCUCCCGUCAUCAUCUUCACGCCACAUUAUGGCGAGGAUCGAUCAAAGGGCCCGUCUAGUUGGAAUCAUUCUGUUGCAUUCCCUUCCCAAUUCCGUAUGAUCCACGAUGUGAAACUCCUCCCGCGCAGCAACGGCAACCUGGACAUGGUCGUCGUAUCGGGUCAGGAAGGCAUUGUUCUUCUUUGGUUCGACUUGGCUACCUCUCGGUGGCAAUUCAACGUCAUUGGUGAAGGGAUACCCAAGCCCUCCGGUUAUCCCGAAUUCCACGAGUUCUUUGGCUGUGGCUCCGUCGACAUAUGCCGAGUAGGGAACGACGAUGUCGGAUACAUCGCUACGGUCGAGGCGUUUCAUGGCCACAUAGUGGCGGUGUAUGUUAAGAGCCCUGGCGCGCCGAAGGGCCCCUCGUCCUUGAAGAACCGCAAGUACUGGACCCGCCAUAUCAUCGACGAUUUUGGGCCGCUCGACAAGAAGACGCUCACUGGCCCCCUUCACCACGUGGCUAAGAUAACCGCAGCCGAUUCCGAUUCCGAAGCAUUUGCAGUGGCAUGUAUGGGCGUUCCUUCUGGCGAUCGCUCGCGCCAAGGCGUAUAUCUCUAUAGGCCAGUCGACCUCGUGAAGUCGACUUUCGAGAAGGUCAAGGUCACUGGCGAAUCUGCAGGUCGAUUGGCGGUCGCUGGGUACUCUACAGCCGGACGUAUGGACAUUGCCUCUCUGUCAUACUAUGUUCCUGGCUACUUCACUGGGCCGGACCCACCGCAGCUACGCAUCGAUGUGCUCGGGAACAAGAACGACCUCUCGCAGAUCUACGCGACCAAGCUGGAUCAAGAGGUUCUACUUCGCGUCCCUCGCCCGAGUGCGAUUCAGCCCGGCGCUGUGGCGAAGCUCCCGUUCUGGACUCUCGCUAGCAGGACCUUGGUUGUCUUCGUUCUGUCUAAGAACGACCGCACCGUCCUUGAUUCCUCAAUCGCUGCCGUCAAGGUCAUAUAUGGCGAGCUCACUGUCACCAAUGCGGACGGCUCCAAGAGCACACACAGUCUUGCGCCGGCACCCAAAACGGCGAAGUCCACCCUGAUACAGCCGGGCACGAGCGUCGCGGCCGGAGUUAUCGGGGCAGUGUUCAUCGGCAUAGUGCCAGACAAGAACGCUCUCACGCCUAUAACUUCCAUGAAGAACGUGCAGUCCGCCAGUGCGAUGCCUCAUACGGACACCAUUCCGCAGGAUGUUGCGAGCUCAACGUUCCCUUUCGCUCGUGUCGACAGUUUGCCUUGGGCGAAGGAAGGACCUGAUGCCGGGAAAUGGGACGACUUCGAGUUCUACAACGCACUCGGAUUCCAUGUGUACUUCAACGACGACUCCGUGGAGAAGAUCGUGCACAUCCAAGCAUGGACUUUGGGUCUCGGAGAGACAGCGCGCUUCCACGUUCACAACCAGACUGGGCGCUCUUUCUGCGAGAUCCACUACUGCUUGACGAACGGCGGCGGUUCUGCGGGCAUGCGUUACUUCCCUGACAGUUUCAGCGGCAAGCCUGACCCGAAGGAGGAGCUUACGAAGGACUACGUCGAGCAGCACAGCGCGCUCGUGAAAGUCCCUGACUACAGUGAGCACGGUCCGCUGUGGAUCGUCCAGCCCCAUACCACGACGACGCCGCAGCUCCUUCCGAACGGCGCUGUCGACUACCCUUGGCACGCGUGGCUUGCUAGCCAGUUCGGCGACUACAAGCUGCCGAUCCUCCCGCCCCUUGACACGGACAAGCAGAAGUUCGACGUGUGGCUCGCGUUCGAGUUCCCCUCGUCGGCGUUCCAAUACUAG